UGACGGCCCCUAAGGAGCCUGCGCGAGCACUUGCUUGGACUGUUGAAGCUAACAAUCAUCUUAUUUGUCAAAACUGGCUUUAAAAAGGAAGAAAAUCCUGAGGAACAGACCUACUAUCUUCGUUAAUGUCUGUUUCUGUCGUGUGAAAGUGUAUUUUGUCCUGGAAAUGGUUUAAGUGCUAGCUUGGUUUGCUUAGCUUAGCUACAUUAUAAUCAUUUUCCCGCUUCUGCUUUGUUUCUUGUUUUGCUGCUCGUUGCUGCUGCUAAAGUUCCUGUUUUUGGUCAAACUUGUCUGCCAAAUAAUGCUGCCUCAUUAGUUGUUUCCAGCUGUAAGCCCGUCUUGUGUUGUGUCAUUAGGUUUUGUUGCCAGGCAGGACUAAAUGGAUGUCUCUGAGGACCAAAUGACGCCAGAGGAGAUGCUUGACAAACCCUCUGAGCUUGUCCACUCUGACCUUCAUGUGAGGCUGGUAGACGAGACCAGAGGACUGGCGGAAGCAGCAGAGCCGCCAUCAGAAAGGCAGACCCCGAGGAACCAAGUGAAGGCGGCGGAGGGGGUCGUCACAGAUGGCCUGCAGGGGCGAGCCCGGUCCCAUGGCUCAAACCUGGGCCGUGAUGUUGAUGGAAAGGAAAGGAAGACUGAAGAUGAGAUCCAAGAACUGGAGAGGGAAUCCAUGGCGAUGAAGGAACUAAAUGAGGAACUCGUGUCAGAGGUUGAGAGGCUCCGGGAGCAGAGCAAGCAGGACAAGAUGAGCUUGAGCAGGUUCAGUGUUGCUAUCAGAGCUCUGGAGUUGUGUGCAGCGGAGGCUCAGAUGGGACUGCAGCAACGGGAUGAGAUGAUUGAACAGAAGCUGCAGUUGAAGCAAGCGGAGGAAACGGUAGAAGAGUACUCCAACAUCAUCAAGGAUCUCAGGCUGACCAAGCAGGAGCUGACCAGGCGGUUGGAGGACAGAGAGGAUGAGGCGUCGCUUGAUACUCUCAAUGACCCGAUGGGAGGAAAGGAGGCAUCACAUCUUCCCGGGGUGUCUUUGGCAGACGAGCUGAAGCUGCUGGCCUCCACGGGGGAGAUGCAAGGCCUGUUGGUCCCCUGCCAGGAUUCACAUCAUGAGGAAACCCAGACUAAGGAAUCACGCAGUCCGCCAGUCAAGACUCAAACCAUCCAGUGUACACGAGCCAAGACGAGCACCACCCUCAAAGCCCUGGUGAUCCUCCUUGUGCUCAUCAUCACCAUUUUGCUUAUUGCGGCUGCAGGGAACCUCCCUGUCAACAACCUGUGGAGGAGGGUACACCUGGCACUGCAGCCUUACUGUAGUAUGCACUAUGGGGCCUUGCCUCCUAUAUGA